AUGAUCAGCCCUACGCUGAAAGGCAUGCUUCGCGGCCCGUUUGCUGAGGCCCAGAGUGGGCGCUGUCAUUUUCCUGAGUUCAGCGCCCCUAUCAUCGAAAAGGUAGCAGAAUAUCUGCAUUAUUACCACCAGAACAAGGACAAGGAGAAUGUCCCGGACCUGGACAUUCCGGUCGAGUUGUGCCUUGUCGUGGUCCAGGCGGCCGAUUACUUCGGCCUCGUCUCCAAAGCGCUUAACGCACCCUAA